CGCCUAAGGGCAGCCAUGGCUCCCCGCCUGGGCCCUGGGCAAUGCCACCUUCAGUCCGGGUGGGCAUGGGUGGAGCGGCCCGGGAGCCUCCCUGGGCGAAGGCUGCCGGCAAAGCCUUGGUUCUGCCAGGCCGGAGAGCCGCCUGUCCCCGCCGCCUCCUCCCGGGCCGGCUCCGGCAGAAAGCCCUCGCUUGCUCGACGGCUCGCAAAGCCCGACCAGAAGAAGAGCGGAGCGGAGAAGCCGGGCCGGGGGCGCCCUUCGCCCGGCCCGACCCCGGCGCGCCCCUUCCUCUCGGCAGCGCGCCCCGGUCCCCGAGCGGGCGCCCUCGGCGGGCGCCGGCGUCUGGGCCGCUUUGACAAGCGCCGCGCGGUCAGGAGGGCUCGGCGGCCUGGCAAAGCACCUCGGCGGCCCUUUCUGGGCUUCCUGCCCGGGGCGGCGGCCCGCCCAGCCGGCCGGGAGCCCAGCGAGGAGGGCUGGGCUGGGGCGGGCCCUGAAGGCGCGGGAGGGGCGCGGAGCUGGAGGUCCAGCAAGGCGGAAGAGCCCGACGGCGAGCAGGUGAAGCGUCCCUGGCGACCGGGAGGGGGAAUUCCUGCAAAGGGGGCACCGGCCACUUACCCAGCCCAGCCCCAGCCUCCGUUCCUUGCCCAGCCCUAUGGCAUGCAACCCCAGCCGGCCCCAGCGAUGCCUCCAGUGCCCCUACAAACUGUCUACAUCCCGGGGCCCCUCAUCUUCCUGGAGCAUCCCAUGCAAAUCUGCUGCCCUGCCUGCAACCAGAUGAUUGUGACCCGCAUCUCGUACCAGCCCGGAGCUCUGGCCUGGCUCUCUUGUGGUGGCCUCGCCCUGCUGGGGUGCUGGCUGGGCUGCUGCCUGAUCCCCUUCUGCGUAGACGCCAUGCAGGACGUCCAGCACUUCUGCCCCUGCUGCAACGCCUUCCUGGGCGUCCACAAGCGCCUCUGAGUGGGUCUGGGCCCCCGUGCCAGGAAGCCAAAGCCCCCUUGGCUUCGCCCACGUCCCCCUGGACCGAGCCUUGCGGGGCCCGUGCAGCCCCUCCUCAAGACUUUGGAGCAACGCAGACCGCCUCUCGAGCCUCUGCCCCCCACCUCGGCCUGCCGCAGCCUGCACAGAGGCCCGUGGGGGGAGCAAAAGGGUCCCGCGGAGGCUGCCCCUCUGGGCCCAGCCUCCUCUGCAGGGGGAGCUUGCGGCAACACCUACAGAGGCUGAUGGCAGGACGCUUCCAGGGUUUGACCCAAGCCCUGCAGGGCUCCCACCCUUUGCCUCUGGGCACACGCCAAGUAAUGGAGCCACCGAUGUGGGCGGCAGAAGGGCCUGCUGUGAUGCCAGGGCUGGGUGUUCCCUUCGGUCUCAGCGUUUGCCCCAGCCCUCCAAGCGGGAAGAGAGAAGCACAACGGGUGCUGCUGGCCCAGGGCAGCCUGACCCCAGGGGGCUCAAGGGGGCUUCCUGCGGCCAGGGAGCAGGGCCUUUUGUCCUGGGGAUUAGUGGUGGGGGGGGAGCAACGUAGCUGGAGAGGGAGGCGAAUCUCUGGAGCACUUUAAAGAUGUUGGCUCUGCAAGUCCAACUUUAUUCUGAUUUGCUUCCAAACGUUAGUCCUGACUUUUUCAGCUUUUGAAAUAAAACUGCCUCGCAAAAAGAAAGAGCUGCAGGCGACCCUAGUUUUUCCAAAGGGAGAGACCUGGCCCAGCCCUCCUUGCCGUGGGGAAAAAGCGAGGCUGGGCAGCCGCAGGGAGGCAGGGGGACUGGGGCCAGGCAGCCUAGAUCAGGGGCACCACUUCACCUUCAAACGGACUGGUGGAAAUGUGGCCCCCGAGACCCCCAAGCCGCUUGAGAAGGAACAGAAAGGGUCGUGUUCCAACCAAAAACAAUUUACUACAAAAAUAGCAAAGAAAAUUUCAGUCUGCUCAACU